AUGCUCCAGGUCAUAAUCGUAGGCUCAGGUCUAGCUGGAUUGACUGCGGCACGCGUUCUCCGAGAGCAUCACAAUGUUACUGUUUAUGAACGUGGCGAUGAAAGGAUUGCCACUGGCGGUCAAGGCAUUAUGAUCGCUCCGAACGGGCACAAUAUCCUCCAGUCUCUAGGAUACGAACCUGAACGUGUCGGUGCUGUUCCAAUCCACGGGAUACGCUUCUACAACAAGCAAGACAAUGUCACAGAAGACGUUGCUCUAAAUUUGAAAGCUCAAUUCGGCGCAGAAUACAUGUCUCAGAAACGAUCUGAUUUCAGAGACGAGCUUCUGCGAUUGGCAACAACCGCUUCCGAUAGCCUUGGUAUUGAAGGUGACCCAGCAAAAGUUGUUUUCGGCGUCUCAGUGAUAGGUCUGGAUCCUGAAAGUGGUACUGUCACGCUCAGUGAUGGGUCAACAAUGACUGCGGAUGUUGUGAUUAUUGCUGACGGUGUGCAUUCGAAGCUUCGCAACAUUGUUCUUAACAAUGAUCAAUCCACUACGAAAAAGACAGGACUUACCUGUUACCGCAUAGCAGUAUCCACGGAAGAUGCCAAAACAGCUCUUGGAGACAUCCCUCUUCCUCACUGGUGGGAGCCCAGUACUUGCCAGAACCGUUCGUCUCUGCUGCAUGCUGCGGAUGGCACUUCUCGUAUGGUAACCGCAUAUCCUAUUCGUGAUCAAACAAUGUUCAAUCUCUCCUGCAUUAUUAAAACAGAGGAUUCUACGAAGCCUGCCACGGAGUCAUGGUAUGCAGCUGGAGAUUCUGCUACAGUGGUCGAACUAUUUGGUGACUUUCAUAAGUCCCUCGUAAAGAUUCUCGGUGCGGCUAGCGAAGUGAAAGUUUGGGAGUUGCAAGACCUCGACCCCAUCCCAACAUGGACCCGAGGUCGUGCGAUUUUAAUUGGAGAUGCUGCUCACGCCAUGACACCAAUGCAAGGCCAAGGAGCGAAUAUGUGUAUUGAAGACGCCGAGAGUUUUCGACUGUUUGCACCGGGAACACGUAGCGAAGAGGUCCAAGAUAUCCUCAAAACAAUCGGGACCAUACGCAAAGCUCGAACAGCAGAGGUGUUAGCCGAAACUCGCAAGUCCCACUCAACUACUGGCAUAGGACAGAGAGUACUGAAGAACUUGGAGUUCAAUUGCGGGUACAAAGGCAUUUUCGAAGCAGUUAAAUCUUUUGAGGUUAGAGGAAAGUAA